AUGGACGCUGCUGAUGUUGUUGCUAUUAAAUCUAGUGUCGUCACUGGGAAUAGUGUCGUCAUUGAGAAUAUAGGGAAUGGAGUCGAGGCCAUGGAUACGUUUAUGUGUUGA